AACGCUGACAGUGACAUUGCCGCAACACAGCACCAUGUCUGCGCCUAGUGUCACUCUCGUUGUGCGCCCGCGUGGCAAGCCGAUCAAGAACCUCCCCGAAACCAUCACCGUCAGCUCGGACGCGUCGACGGCAGAGAUCUUUGAGAGAAUUGCAGAUGUAUCUAAAUUCUCGAUUCAUCGAUUGAGGGUCACCAAGGGCAGCGAUGGUGCGCCAGUCUCCAACGUGGGUGAUGUGACAGUCCACGAGACGGGUUUGAGGAACAAGAGUGCUAUAGAUGUCAAGGAUCUGGGUCCGCAGAUAUCCUGGCGCACCGUCUUCAUCGUCGAAUACCUCGGUCCCCUCCUCAUUCAUCCACUCGUGUACCUCGCCCGCCCCAUCAUCUAUGGCACAUCAGCGCCCGCUUCUCCGCUCCAGAAACUCACGCUUCUCCUGUGCGUCAUACACUUUGCAAAGCGCGAGUUCGAAACGCUGUUCGUGCACCGCUUCUCCUCGGCGACAAUGCCUGCAAGGAACAUAUUCAAGAACAGUGGAUACUAUUGGCUGUUUUCUGGCUUGAAUCUGGCGUACUGGACAUACGGCCCCAACAGCCCCGCUGCGAAGCCGUCAAACCCGCUCCUUACGUAUCUGGGAGUGGCGCUCUUUACGAUUGGCGAGGUCUGCAAUUAUAGCACACAUCUCACCUUGAAGAACCUGCGCAAGCCUGGGACUACGGAGCGCGGCAUCCCGCAAGGCCUCGGCUUCGAUAUUGUGACGUGUCCGAAUUACAUGUUUGAGGCUAUUGCGUGGAUUGGCGUUGCAUUGGUCAACUGGAGCUUAGCUACGGUUAUCUUCAUCAUUAUGGCAGUCGGCCAGAUGGGUGUCUGGGCGUGGAAGAAGGAGAGGAGAUAUCGCAAGGAGUUCGGCGACAAGUACAAGCGCAAGAGGUAUGCCAUCUUGCCAGGUAUCUGGUAGACAGACCGUGAUUAGGAAGGCGCGAAUAUGUGUGGGGUCGGAGGACUAGAAGUUCGUUUGCCUAGUCGCCAUAUUAGGUGACCCUAAUUAGGAUAUGGGCACAUGUAGUGGUGGGUUGCAGUGGCACAGCACAUGAGGUUUGCAGCUGGAGGCCAGCAAUGACGAGCCAAUGGCGAACCACACCAUGUAUAUUGCAUUGCUGCAGUUCGGUCAGGCUGUCAUGAGGCAGACCGGAAGGGGGCGCACAGCAUAAGUUAUUCCAAGUCCAAGAC